UUUUUUGUUCAAUGUCAACAAUGAUUUUGAUUGUUGAUUGUUGAUUGGAAUGAUUUAAUUGGCUUAGUUUAUUAUUUCCGGUUUUUUUAUUCAAUAGUCGUUUGUCUAAAUUUUGAGGGAUCUGAGAUAGUAGAGGAAAUUUUGAAAUGAUCUCUAGUAUGAUGAAUCCAUUGGCAAGAUUUUCGUUGGUAGCAUUUAGAGGUAAUGGGGCUAUUACUUCAUUAUCAGCUGUUAAAAUUAGCAAGAGAAAUUUUUCUGAUAAAAAUGAGAUUGAAGUUUCUCUCACCUCUGAUAAUCCAUUAACUGCAACCCUUAAACGUGGUACUGGUGGAAGAUCAUCUUUUAAUGGUAAUGUGGUAACUGUUUUUGGUGCAACUUGCCCGUUAGGCAAAGUUUUAGUCAGUAAUUUAACUAGAAGAGGGACACAAGUUAUUAUUCCCUAUCGUGGAGAUCCUAUGGAAGUGAGAGAGUUAAAAGUUUCUGGUGAUUUAGGUCAAGUCAUGUUUGUGCCCUUCUCUUUACGAGAUGAAGAAUCAUUAUUCCGAGCUGUCAAAUAUUCUAAUGUGGUUGUUAACUUGAUUGGAACUUACUCUGAUACUCCUUCUUUCACAUUUAAUGAUACCAAUGUUGAUGGUGCUCGAAGAAUUGCUAAAGUUAGUCGGCUUGCUGGUGUGAAAAAACUCGUUCAUAUGUCGGCUUUAAACGCAAGACCAGACCCAGAACCAGUUUGCUCUAAACUUGGAGCUCAAUUUUUCAAAACUAAAUACGAAGGUGAACUAGCGGUUCGAAAUGAAUUUCCAGACGCCAUUGUUUUCCGACCUGGUUGGAUGUUCGGUAUUGCUGAUCGUUUGUUCAACUAUUACACUGCAUCAGCUAGACGAACCUUUACAAAAUCUAUAGCCCUUUGGGGUCUUGGACAGGACAUCUACAAGGAACCAGUUUAUUUCAUUGAUGUUGUCCAGGGAAUGGUAAAUAGUAUUUUCAAUGAGUUUAACUACGGUGAAACUUAUGAAUGUGUUGGACCUCGACGUUAUGAACUGAAAGAUAUGGUUCGAUACUUCAACGAUUGGCUUAAUAUGGGAGAGAAAGAUUACAAAUACGUUUUUGAUCUGAAAUAUUCUCCAAUCACGAGAGCAGUAAUCACUGUGCAAACACUAACAUUGAAAAAACCGUUUGUUUGUUGGGGUUUAGUAGAAAUCGAGCACACUACAGACAAACUUACUCCCGGUGCAAAAACCCUAGUUGAUCUUGGUGUUGAUUUGACAAACUUGGAAUCUAAAGCUAAAUAUGUCCUCUAUCCUGCUAGAAUAGGAGGUUGGUACGAUAAACCUUUACAUCAAAUAGUGGAGCCAUUACCUCCUCGAUAUCAACCUACCUAUUAAAGUUCAGGUAAAAUUCAGAGCUAAUGAGAUAAUAAUAAAUAUUGUUAUUAAUGUAACAUAAAAAUGAGAACAAUUAAAUGCUUCGUACAAUUUAA